AAAAAUAUCCCACUGAAUGUUUCUGGCUUGUAUACUAAAAUAGCAGUGUACUACGCCAAAGCUUGUAGUUGGGUGAAGUUUGAAUUUGAAAUCUUGAAAGUGGGUCCCCACCAAAGGGUUUUGGGAGGGAAAAUUAGAAGAUGGAAGGGAAGGGUUAUUACAAGAGUACAGACCACAUCGAUUUAUUCCAACGGUCUUUUCCCACUCUUCUCCCAUCAAUUUCCUCCUCCUUUGCUCUUCUUCCGUUCUUGCACAAUCGCAAACAAAAAACCCAUCAAGAACAACUUCAAUUUCAGAAGAAAAAACAAAAAAGGAGAAGUUAAAAUUUGCAUUCCCAGAAAGUGAAAAAGAGAAGAAAAAAAUGGUGGUGGCGAAGAAAUCAGCGUACGAAGCGAGCAGGCAGAAGAGGCUGGAGGAGAACAAGAAGAGAAUGGAAGAACUCAAUCUCAACAAGCUUGCUCAAGCUCUACGCACUCCCAGCCCUUCACCUAUGAAGAAGGUGAAGCCGAAGGUUCCGAAAAUGCCUCUGGACCCCUCUGCCAUCCGGCGGUCGAGUCGGGUUGCGGAUUUGCCUCCCCGCAGCUACAAAGAAGUUCCAAUUGAACCUAUGGGGAAGCCAAGGAGUUAUCAAAGAAGGGAUUUGUUGAACAGAGUGUACGCCUCAUAUGAAGAUAGGCAGUAUGCUAUACAGCGGGCCCAGGAACUCCAAUCAGGUUUAGAUCAAGAUAUUCCGAGCUUUGUAAAGCCCAUGCUUCAAUCACAUGUUACUGGUGGAUUUUGGCUGGGUCUUCCAGUCCAGUUUUGCAAGACACAUCUUCCAAGUCGUGAUGUAAUUAUCAAUUUAGUUGAUGAGCAAGGAGAAGAAUCUCCAACAAAGUAUCUUGCUUUGAAGACGGGUCUGAGUGGCGGGUGGAGAGGCUUUGCCAUUGAUCAUGAGCUAGUUGAUGGGGACACCGCCGUUUUUCAGUUAGUUGAACCAACAACCUUCAAGGUUUACAUCAUAAGGGUAAAUGAACCUGGAGAAAGCAGCAACUGACAUUUUUACUUUAUACUACCAGGUUGAUCGGAGGAUACCUCAAUCAGAUAUCUAACUCAUAGGCAAUGCUUUUGGUACCGGCCACAUUUUGACUAGUGCAGAAGCUUACUCAUCUUGGCAGGAAGAAGCUCCUCUGCUUGUAGAUUUAUUGCCACCGGAAAGCUUCUGCCAUGAUCAUUCUUAGCAAAUUAUUGUCAAUAUGCAAUAGGAAGAAACUACUCUGCACCAAACUAGAAGUCUGCACCUUGAAAUUGGAUAGUGUGUGUGACAAUGUAGUUUAAAGCAUGUUGCUUAUUCCUGCUAAUGACACCAAAAAUUUUCAUGGCUUCAAAUGGCAUAGUGAAUGAUUGCUGGAAUCAAAUAGUUCGAACAAAGAACCUAAAACAUAAUGCCAUGGUUUUCUCUCAUCUAAAUCAUAGAUCCAAGCACAGAGUGACAGAUUGGCAAGCUGAAAUUUCA